AUGUCGCAUCAUAAAACCGGAACAUCUAAAAAAAAACCUGAUUCCAAGUAUAAGAAGGACAAGGAGAAACUAUUAACUAAGUUAGAGGAACUUGUAAGCCCGGAUAGUUGGCCUGACGUUAAGUCCAAACUUGAACGAUACAGUACGAAAACUCUGAAGGAAACACUCGAUCGGGUGAACGACAUGCAAUAUGGAAGCCGCGACCGAGUCAGUUCGUCCAUGAAUGGAGCUGAAAUCACCGACGCAGUUAAAGAUUCGGUGACGGUAGUCCAGAACAAUCUUCGCACCAAGGAAUGUAUUACCACCUUAGGUGCCAACACCGAGGGAAAGGACACGGACACGAGAACCGAUCCUGGCACGCAGCAAACAACCACUGUAUCGCCAACACCACCACCACCAUCAGCGUCGCCAUCCCAGCCGCCAUCACCUGAGCUUGACGGCGACGACGGCGUCAACCGCAUCGACAUCACAGCCCCAUCGCCGCCAGACGACAAGGAAAGGCAACGAAAAAGCACGCGAGAUUCAGUGGCUGAACGAGCUACCAAGAUCCACUCACAGUUGACAGAAGAUGAAAAAUUAAACGACGAUACUAUACAUAUUGUCAGUGAAGCCUUCAAGCUGAAUGCCCAAAAGGUGGUUAUUUUGGCGCUCUGGGUGUUUUCGAGGGAACUUGUCUAG